AUGGACAUCUUGGCUUGCAGAUCCGAAGAGAACAGUUAUAAUAUUCUCCCCUCGGCGGCAACGAUGCUUUUCCAUGGCCUCCCUGGAGGCGACGUGCACGGUGUGGUGGAAGAAAUGGACCGGAGAGGAAAGAGCGAGUCAGCAGCCAUCAGCUCAGCCAUCGAUAUGGGGGAAUCAGAGACGUCCAUGCCGUGUAUGACCAGCGAGCGCGUGGCUCUGUGCGCGGGCUGCGGCAGGAAGAUCGCGGACCGCUACUACCUGCUGGCCGUGGACAAACAGUGGCACAUGCGCUGCCUCAAGUGCUGCGAGUGCAAACUCAACCUGGAGUCUGAGCUCACCUGCUUCAGCAAGGACGGCAGCAUCUACUGCAAGGAGGACUACUACAGAAGAUUUUCGGUGCAGAGAUGCGCUCGGUGCCACCUGGGGAUCUCAGCCUCGGAGAUGGUGAUGCGGGCCCGGGACCUGGUCUACCACCUCAACUGCUUCACCUGCACCACGUGCAGCAAGAUGCUCACCACCGGGGACCACUUUGGUAUGAAGGACAGUCUGGUGUACUGUCGGCUGCACUUUGAGACUCUCAUCCAGGGAGAAUAUCAGACACAUUUUAACCACGCGGACGUUGUCCCGCACAAAGGCCUGGGCCCGGCCAACACGCUUGGACUAUCCUACUUCAAUGGCGUGGGGACAGUGCAGAAAGGCCGGCCCAGGAAGAGGAAAAGCCCCGGGCCGGGCACCGAGCUGGCUGCUUAUAACGCAGGUAGGAAAGGCAUUUCUCCAAAUACCUGUAACGAGAACGAUGGCGAGUCCAUGGACCGGGACUCCCAGUACAGCUCCAGUCAGAAGACCAAGCGCAUGCGAACAUCCUUCAAGCACCAUCAGCUGAGGACUAUGAAGUCCUACUUCGCCAUCAACCACAACCCAGACGCCAAGGACCUCAAGCAGCUCGCCCAGAAGACCGGCCUCACUAAGCGGGUCUUACAGGUCUGGUUCCAAAACGCUCGGGCUAAGUUCAGGAGGAACCUGCUGCGGCAGGAAAGCACAGGGGUGGACAAAGCAUCCGACGGCUCCACGCUGCAGGGCGGGACGCCGUCGGGCCCGGCCUCAGAGAUCUCCAAUGCCUCCAUGAGCCCCUCCAGCACCCCCACCACCCUGACAGACUUGACCAACCCCACCAUGCCCACUGUCACCUCUGUGCUCACCUCGGUGCCGGGCGGCAUGGACGGCCACGAGUGCCGGAGCCCAUCACAGACCACGCUGACCAGCCUCUUCUGA